GGGUUUGACUGGGUCCAGCCACUGGCCUGACUUUGAGUUUCCAGUAGAGAGGGUCAAAUCCGCAAAGAAUCAUGGCGCUACUCGGUUCUGAAGUGUUUGUAGGCGCCGCUGUGGGCGCUCUGUUCGGUCAGCUGGGAGCAGAGAUCACGAUCUUCGGAAAAGGAGUGACAAGAUUCUGCAAAGAAUGCCCGUCACACGAGGAAGUAUGCCAUGAGAUCGAAGUGGAUAUUCUCCUCGUUAAGCCCGUGAUAGAGGAUCUUCAGCGCUCAGUGUCUGCGUCAUCGGUGAAUGCUGUGGCCAGUGAGACAAUAAAAGAACAUGUUCGUAACCUGCAAAAUGACGUCCGUCAAAUGCAUCUAGACCUAGAAGAGAUUCGGAUUCGGCAGUCGGGAGUCGUCUCAUCAUUUCUGAAGCAGAUCGUGUGGGGCAACGGAUGGGUGGACAAGGGAUUGAGGACCCUCCAGAGCCGUGUGAAAGAUUGGAUUUCCAAAUACCACAUGCUUAGUCCAGUGCUUAUCUCCGAGGUCCGAGAGAUGGUUGCCGAGCUGUCACAAGACGGAGCGCGAGCGGGGCUCCAGGUGAACGAGGUCCAUGAGAUGGUAGGUAAGAUACUGCAGGCCGUAACUCCCGCCGAACCACCGGGAUCACAUCCAGUUGCACCCACCGGCGCUGUGGCCGCUACACCGUCGACACGGUUUUCCGGUACUCUGCCGUUACCAGGCGGAGUGGCUGCUACUUCUGUGUGUGGCGUGGUCCCCACACACGGAGUUCCUACUGCUCCUAAGGCGGCGUAUUUCCCCCCAAUACCGGUUGAAGGCCACCUGUAUGGCCUGGAUGAAGGUAGUUGGGAGGUGCAAUGGACAUUGCGUCAUGGGCAGUACGAGUCCCCCCAUGCGCCGUCACAGCCUCGACAGGGGCCAGAGAUCGUUUGCAUCCACGGUAUGGGUGGGGUGGGGAAGACCACACUGGCAAAGCUUGUUCACAAUAGCGAGGAGAUGAAGGGCCAUUUUCCUAGUGGCAGAGUGUGGGCCGUCUGUGGGCAGUUGAAUACGGGCUUUCAGGUCCUUCAAGGGCUAUGGCGGAAGUGGUGGAAAUUGACGCAGAUAGGUGAGCCGCCCUCACUGGAUGACCAGAUCGAGGGGGAGAGUAGAUUGAAUGAGAUUUUGAGCGGAAAGAAGGUUCUUGUUGUCAUCGACGAUGUGUGGCGGCCCUCUCAGAUCGAUUGGGUUGAAAGAGUGCUUCCCAGAAACUGUAGUGUGAUAAUCACAACCAGGAACGCAGGCGUGGUCCCCACACAUGGAGUGGUGGGUCACCAGGUAAAACCCUUGGGAGAUCGGGAGUCAUUGAAACUGCUUUGCCAGUGUGCGUUCGGGACAGAGUUCCCGCCACCGGAGCUAAGCGCAGUUGUUGAGCAGGUGUGCCAGCGCUGUGGGGGUCUGCCCCUGGCCCUCCGGGUGGUGGGCGGAAACUUGUCCACACACUGCGAGGACGCUGACAUGUGGGAGAGUUGGCUUGAGUUCCUCGAUCCGUCCCAGAAGCGCUGCCAAAUUCAGCCUGGAUCUAACUAUACCGAUUUCGAGGAACGAGUUAUAGGGGUGCUGCAGAGAUCGAUUGAUGCAUUGAAGCGCGAGAACCCAGUCUUUCUAGAUAUGUUCCUUGACUUGGUGGGUUUUCCAGAGGAUUAUCGGAUACCGCGCAAUGUGAUUGUUGCGCUGUGGUCCAUUUAUCCAACAGUCGGGGACAUGAGAAGUGCGAAGCACAGGCUUGAGAUAUUUAUCAGGUUGUCACUGGUCGAGGUCCAGGACGACAAUCACGUCAGUUUGCAUGACAUGACGCGGGAAGCAGGGAUUUUCAUGAUCAGAUCACCAAGCGAACCGCCCGUGAUGUUGGGUAACCUCGAUACGCUGGCCAAUGAUGACGGCGAGAGCACGUCUGGCGGGCAGCAACGACUGUUUCUGACGGGCAAUGAAUGCGAUGGCGACUUGGUAGCAAGGCAUGUGCAGAACGUCAGGAAACUCUCGUGGGUAGCACCGGAGUUUCUUACCAAGAGGAAUGAAGAGACUGGAACAGACGUGCUAUCGUCGGACUCCUGGACUAUGCCAAGGUUGGUGAGCUUUUGUGCCUUCUGGAAUGAAUCCGAUGUGAAGUUUCAUGAAAGAUGUCAGAUUGUCUGCCAGCAGUUUCUCCGCAGGAUUGCCGAGAGCGCGGAGCUCCGCAUAUUGCUGCUACUGAAUCUGAGUCCUUACGCUCUAGUUUCUGACUGGUUCGCAACAUUGCCGAACCUUCAGGUCCUGAUCGUCGAGUUCCCUCUCCACUUCCAGUACCUGCCAACGAUCUUCCCAUCCUCAGUUGCUCGGCUGCACAACUUACGGGUGCUUGACAUCAGGUUCAAUGGACUGCAGCCCAUGGCAGUUGACCCGGUGGCGAUCGAGAAACUUGCCGCGUUAAAGGUCUUAAGAAUAAUGCGCUUCAACUUGCUCGGCGCAACAGAUGACAUGAGCGGAGAUGAUGCCGAUGAUUCGGCAAGCGACAUGUCACUUCCGGUCGAACAAGUUCCCGCUGCCGUCGUCGACAAGCUCUUGAUGCCAGACCUGGAGGAGUUUGUGUUCGAGUGCAAGGGUCUCCGGGACACGGGUUUAUCACCCACGAUAGGGAAGCUCACAGCGUUGCGCUGCCUCAAAGUGUCGUGGUGUGACGAACUCACAAGAGUUCCGCCGGAGAUCGGGAACCUGCGCAACCUGGUGAAGUUGACCAUAUCACACUCAUCCCUUGGCGAGCUGCCCGCUACGAUUGGGCAGCUGCAAUGCUUAACGAAGAUGGUGGUUUUCGUUUCAAGUCUUGAAUCGGUUCCCGAAGAGAUUGGAGACCUCAGGAUGCUGGCUCGUCUCGACAUCUCCGUGGCUGAGCUGAAAGCAGUGCCGACGACCAUCGGAAACCUAUCGGGCCGCUUGGAACAUCUGGACUUUGCAUGCGCUUUGGCAAAGAUCGAGGAAAUUCCAAAACAGAUAGGGCAAUUGACUAACCUACGCAAACUUGACCUUCAGGGUGCCACGCUCAUCACUUCGCUCCCGUCGGAAAUCUCGAACCUGCACAAGUUGAAAAGCUUAGGCCUAUCGGAAUGCGAAAGUAUCGAGGCCUUACCGGAUGGUAUCGCACAACUCACCAAUUUGGAACUCCUUGAUCUCGACGGAUGCGCACAGCUGGAAGGUCUGCCGGAGGAGUUUGGCAACAUGUCAAAGCUGAAGGAACUCAGAUUGAACGGGUCAGGCAUCGUUGAGCUGCCCGCGUCCAUCAGCAGGCUAGAGUGGCUGAGAACGCUUCAUCUUCAGGACUGCCAGCAAUUGUAUGAGCUGAGAGUUGAACUCGGAUGUCUGACGCGUCUCAAGGAACUAUACUUGGAUGCAUCGUCUAUAACAGAGAUCCCUCGCUGGAUUACGAAUCUUCUCCGAUUGACCAAACUCGGUCUUCCGCCGGUGACGCAUCUGCCUGACGAAAUCGGAGAUAUGGAAAGUCUGGAGACGCUGGUCCUAAAAAAAUCCGACAUUACAGACCUGCCGGCCUCUCUGGGACGGUUGCACACGCUGACGGACCUGGAUCUCCAAAAUUGCAAGCAAUUGACAAGGCUUCCCGCAGAAAUCGGAUGUCUGUCGCAACUGGAAAGGCUUGGCUUGAGGGGCUCGGGUGUAGUCGAUCUACCUUCCUCGAUAAGCGGGCUGCAAAGGCUGGCAAAGAUCUUCCUUCAGGAAUGCACCCAACUGACCCGACUACCGCCGGAGCUGGCAUGUCUUCCCGAGCUCAAGGAGGUAAAGCUGGAGGCAUCUGGUAUACCGGAGCUGCCGUCCUGGCUCAGCAGCAGGUUGGUAAAACGAGCGGCAGCAAAGAAACACAGCUCUCCCUGACUAGUAUUGAACUGGGGACUAAAGCUGAUCCCAGACACUA